GUUACUGGUUGUACCGACGCGUACGGCAGACACCAAAGCGCCCGCGCCGCGCUCCGAUGAUGGUGAUCAGGCACCGCCGGAUCACAGCACGCGAUAAUUGAUAAGCGAAAACUCUCGAGCUUAUUCGAAUCGGUCGCGAUAUUGUUCCCUUCCACGAUUAACGGAUCCCUACGGAAUUUUACAGUCGACUGAACGCGCACAGUAUUAGUUGAGCGCUGUUCGUGUGUCGGCGUCGUUGCCUUCAGUACUCCGCCGGCUCGCGGUUUUGGAGUGUGCGUUUGGCUCGUAACAAGCCGGCCUUGUUAAAUCGUUAAUUUUUUUGAAUCUGUGAUCUUUUUAAUGACUUAGUAAAAACUCGAAUUAACGUGUUUAUUUUAUUUUACUCUUAAUAGUGGCAGUGUGUAGCAAAUACUUCCCCAAAGGAUUAUGUUGAUUUAAAUACGGAAUAUCAUACCAGUCGUUUCGUAUAACACACGAGUAUACGGAGAAGAGAUACAUAAAGUCAACCAAUCGUUUAGGUAAUACACGCCGACACAUUUUCGCUGGUAAUUUAUUUAUUUCGGUCAACUAUGUUUUAUUAGUUUUCAGUGCAAUACACAUAAACAAACGAUUUUCGGCUAUUUAUUUUUUACUCUCAUGUUUGAUGUAGUAAAUUGACAUAGUAACGCCGAUGCGAAUUCUUCGAAACAAAGACCCUAAUCGUUUGCAUUUAGUGCAUACUAUUGAUAAAAUAAUAAAAUUAUGUAAGUCAGAUGACCAAAUUCGGAAAAGAAGAACAAACGAUAUUCAAUGUACUCGCUUCGCACAAUGGAAAACUCUUAUAAUUUCCCCUGGUGUUCUUUUCCAUUCUUCAGUUUAUACACUUUAUGGUCAGCACCACGUGCAGUCGACCGACUAAAAUAUAAUAUUAUUCAAUAAGUGUUUCUCGGUAUAUGUCACCAUACCAUUUCCUAUUGACAUAUCUCGGUCAAUGAGACGUCCUUGUAGUCAGAUUCAAGAGCUCAUAAAAUUCAGCUUUAAUUAUGGGCUUCGGUCAUUUUUUUUUAAGUGGAUGUUAAAGACUACUUACUGAUUUUAUUUCGACAGCUCGACUAAGUACUACACAGACUGAUAGCGGCAAGUCAUGGCGAAAUGUUAAAUACAGUAUGUCGUGUCGGCAGUGGUGAUCAACUGCGGGAUGACAACGCCGCUUCGGUCGAUUUAGACAAAUCGCUAUGGUUGCAAGCAUGCUGGAUCCGUUUAUGGGAUCGAUGGGCAUUCGAACAGCGCAACCAAGUGUUAUACCAAAUGUAUAUGAACCAUGCCCUGUCUCGAGAACGAUCCAAACUGACUCUCGCAGGCGGCCGAAUAGUAUCGUCCAGGUCGCGUAAACCUGGCGGCCGUGGCCACGCACCAUCCGACAGAUACCAUCGGAAUUCUCCGUCCACCACAGGGGGAGUGGAUGUAGGUGUCCGAGAUCUACGGGUCCUUUCUGCAGCCGUGGACAAGUUGCGGGCGUCCGGUUGGUAUUACGAAGGAGCUGAAUCGCAAGCACGAGCCAGCAACUCUUUGACUAAAAUGCCUGCCGGAGGAUUCUACGUGCGCGAUUCCAAGCACCCCGGCUACCUUUUUACAAUGGAUAUUCAAACGGCUGACGAAGGACAAUUGAGCGUCCGAUUCACGUAUUCGGACGGCGUGUUCGGGUUGGAUUCAAUGCCUAGACUGUCCGGUGGCCUGCAAGUUCCAAAGUUUCGGUGUCCUAUAGAACUAAUUGACUACUACGUAAGACUGUCCCGUAUCGAUACAUCUCGUCGAGUGCUUCCGUAUCCCGCGUGGACUAAUCGGCGAGGACAAUGUUUCUCCUGGAUGAAUCUUCAAAUACCGAUGAUUAAGACUGAUGCUAAAGGGUUCCCGUCCCUGAAGCACUUGGCUCGUUUAGUGAUUAAUAGACACAAGUGUCUGAUCACCAUCACUCCUACAUCACUACCGAAUGAACUGAUUGAAUAUUUAAUACAAUAUCCGUAUAGCCUGUGAUUAUGUAAUAAUUUAUUUUUUCAAUUAAUAAUUUCUUACAUUAUAUUCUAUUCUAUUAAAUUAUUUUAUAUAAAUUAGUGUUGUAGUUAUUAGGUACCUAUUGUCAUCGAUUUUAUGAAACUUUUUUAAUACUCUUAGAAUAUUUUUGUCGAUAUUAUUGGCAUGCAAUUAUAAAGAAAACGUUUUCUUUAUUUUCAUUAAGUCUGAAAGAUUAGUCUUUCAUAUUAAUAUGUAUAAUUUAAUACUAUUGUAGAAUAUUUAAUAUCUUUAGGCAAUACCAAUAACAACAAUUAGACUACCUAGUGUUAAUUAUGU